UAAUGUUAAUGUUAAAUUCGCUUGUUUUUCUUCAAGCGUAAUAUUGUGUUAUUGCUUUCUCAUACAAACCAGAGUUUUUAUAAUUACUAGCUGGUAUUGAAAAUGGCAUUAGUUUGUGAAAUUUGCUGCAAACAUUUUUCUACGCAGAGUUCCCUUAAUAGGCACUUGAAAAAUGUACACAAAAAGACACAAAAAGAAAAAAUUAUUGUUGCUUAUAAUUUUGAGCAAUUUGAUAGUAAGUGCUUGGAGGAAAAUUGCAAUACUUCUUACAGGUUCACCGCAGAGUUGAGACAUCAUCUACAAACUAUUCAUAAUAAGGAUAUGGAAACUGAAGUGCUGAAUUUUUCAGAUAUUACAGAAUUCGAUUCCUGGUUGAAUGAUAUUUGUAAAAAUGAUACGUUGGGAUUUUUUCGUCAUAAACGACUAGAUGAAAAAACAGUCUACUUCAGCUGUAACCGAUCAGGAUCCUACAAACCAAAGUAUCAGGAGAGGGCUGCAAAAAGUCAAGGUUCAUGUAAAAUUGGUAGUAAAUGUACAAGUCAGAUUAUUUUAACACAUUCCACUGAUGGUAGAUAUUGUGUUAUUUACCAUAAAACUCAUUACGGGCAUGCUUUUGAAGUUCAGCAUAUUCGUAUUCCUAAACAAACUCGUAUAGACAUUGCAACAAAAUUAACACAUGGAAUUGCAGUAACAAGAGUUUUGGAUACCGUUAGAAAUAACUUUGUAGAAGAUAAACUAUCACGAACUGACUUAAUUACAAGAAAAGAUAUUAAUAAUAUUAAGACGGCAUACCAUAUUAAUAUACAGGAUGGUGUGCGCCAUGAAAAUGAUAGUGUUAGUGUUGAUUUGUUAGUACAAGAAUGUAAAGAAGUUGGCAAUGAGAUUUUGUUGUAUAAGAAACAAGGAGAAACAUUUUCGAGAUUACAGGAUAUGGACUUUUGUAUUGUUAUAAUGAACAAAGUACAGGAGAAUAUUGUACAAAAAUUUGGUAAUUCUGUUAUUGCUAUUGAUAGUACACAUGGAUUAAACAUGUACGAUUUUGAAUUAACUACACUGAUGGUUAUGGAUGAAUUUGGUGAAGGUUUUCCAGCUGCAUGUAUGUUUUCAAACAGAAUAGAUACAGUUGUACAUGAAAUAUUUUUUGAACACAUUAGAGAGAGGUGUGGAGUUUUAAACCCUAAAGUAUUUAUGUCAGACAUUACAAAUGUAUAUUAUAAUGCUUGGUAUAAUGUCAUGGGUGGUGAAGUUCCAAAUCGCUUAUUUUGUUCCUGGCAUAUAGACAGAGCUUGGAGAACUAAUUUGAAUAAAAUAACAGUUGCUGAAAAAAGGAAACAAGUUUACCAAACACUCAAGGUAUUGCAAAAUACUUUGAACAUACCAGAGUUUGAAAGAAGAUUUUCUGCUGCAGUUAAAGUGUUAUUGGAUGAUCCUGUAACACAAAAUUUUGCCACUUAUUUUAAUGAUAAUUAUACAAGAAAUCGUCAGAUGUGGGCUUACUGUUACAGGAAAGGCUGUGGUAUCAAUACAAAUAUGAUUCUUGAAAGCAUGCAUAAAACUCUUAAGUACCACUAUUUGGAUGGAAAAGUUGUAAAACGAUUAGACAAAGGUAUAACAGCUGUAUUGAAGUAUGUAAGAGAUAAAAUAGUUUCAAGAAUUAUUAAAAUCAGCAAAGGCAUUAACAACUGUCAUAUACAAGAUAUUCAUAAACGUCAUCGGGCUGCUUUAACUAGUACAUAUGAAAUAAUUUUUAAUGAAGCAAAUGUUUGGACCAUACAGUUAAAUAAUACCACAUAUGUAGUGUCAAAAAAAGAUACUGCAUGUGAAGUACCAAAUUGUCAAUUAAGAUGUUCGUUUUGUAAUGCAUGUGUUCAUGAAUAUGAAUGUACAUGUACCGAUUUUUAUAUUAGAGCCACAAUAUGUAAGCACAUACAUUACAUAAUUCUAAACACCAGAAGUAAUGAUGAACCUCGAAUUUCUCCUGAAGUUACCUUGACCACAACUGCUGAAACUUUACAAUGUUUGAGAACUUUAGCUAAAAGCUGUAAUACACAAGACAGUACAAAACACAAAAUACAGGAGGAAAUAAAUAAAAUGAAUGUUAAUAUUAAUUUAUGCAAGGAGCAUAAUUUACAACCAUUGGUACUCCCACAUAUCCUCAAAACAAUGAAAACUGCGAACAGUCUUUUAUCCAGGAGUAAUAAUGAAUCUGUGACAAAUUCAUUUCCAUCAAUUUCAUCAGAACCAUCAAAUAAGAAAUUGAAGAAGCAGAUGUCUUUCUUUUCUACCAAAAAGAAGAGUAAGAAAGUCAAAGUACAUAUCUCGAAACCCUCAGGAAAUGAAACAGUGACGAUCAGCAGUACCUUGGACAUCAAUAGCGAUCAUGAUUACCUUUAAAUUAUGGUUUUAAGUCAAUAUGCAUAUUUCGAAGCCCUCAAGAAGUGAAACAGUUACCAUCAAUAUUUAAAUUACGUUUUUCCUGAUCAAUUGUUUUUACAAAUGUUUAAUUGAAAGAAGUUGUG